AUGCAUGCGGUGGGCCUGCACUCGGCGCUCGCCAUCCGCCGCGAGAGAAAACGACGCGCCGAGCAACAACGGGCCCGCGAGCGGCGCUACUCUCUCCAGUCCUCAGAAUCAGGAGUCACUUCCCCACACUGCUCCACUGGCAGCUUGGAACGACGUCGUAGAAAGCCGAGGGCCACCGAAAAUGAAGUUGUCUCCUCGGUCGGUAUGCUCCACCUAGGAGUUGUAUUUUUAGUGCUUGGAUUGUUCCUCGUUGCAUCCGGCUGGCUACCUGAUAACGUUACUUCCUGGAGCAGCAUCGGUUCUGUCAGCUGGUUUAAUGAACUAGUAUGUUCUGGACUUUUUGCUCUAACCAUCGGCAUAUUUUUGAUUGUGCUGCAUAAGUAUUUGACAAAGAGUGAGGAGGAUGCUUUGGAAGAAUAUGUUCAAAAACAACUGACGAGGUCCCGUUCGGGACAUAGAUUGGAAAGAGACGCGGAGACAGGAGGCAUGAGGACAAAGAACGCGCGUCGUGCACGAGCUACCGAGGUUCUGCCGGACACUAUAACCGAGACAUAUACUGAGCCACCGCCGGACAGAGUGCAUGGCUUCGUAAAUGCUUUAGCUAUAAACGGUGACGCAAUGCGCGAGCUGCCCUUAGAACAAAUCGCGGAAGAAGAAAUCUCUGUGGCUUCUGAGACGGAUCGUCGCAAGUUUAACAAAGACACGUACUCCUCACCUUCAGUGGCGCCCAGCCUAAGCCCCGGCUCGCCGAGCGACACAAGAGAACUGCUGUCCGACGGACAGUACAUGAUCAUGUCAAGAAUAUGA